AUGUUAUCUGAAAAUAAAAAAACUUAUCAAGUUACAUUUUAUGUCGAAUUUGGAAUUGUUAGUGAUCGUAUUUUACAAGAUUUAAUGAAAUUUGGUAUUGGUACAAGAAGUCAUACAAAAAUAUUUGUCUUACCAACAACUUUUAUUCUUGGAGGACAAUGUCAUGAUAAAAAUGAAUCUGAAUCAACGUUAUCUUUAACAGGAACUAUGACAACAAAUGAAUCAUUAUCGCAUAACGUUAAAAAUAAAAUACAUGGUGUAGAAUCUAAUGAUUUAACAUCAUCACGAAAAAUUCGUAAACGUAUUAGUGUAUCAAAUUUUAAAAAAAGUGUUCAAGCUCGAUUAAUGGUUCAUCAAGUAGUUGCUAGUAUUCGAGCAUCAACAGUACUUUCAUUUGAUUUUGUUCUUUUAAUAUGUCUUGCUUCAAUGUUAGCUGCAUUGGGUCUAUUAGAAAAUUCGACUGUCAUUAUUGUUGCUAGUAUGCUUGUUAGUCCAUUAAUGAAUCCAAUAUUAGGUAUUGUAUUUGGUCUUUCUGUGCGCGAACAUUCAUUAUGGAGACGAGGUUUACGAAAUGAAUUAAUUGGUUUGAUUAUUUGUAUUUCUUGUGGAUUUAUUCUUGGAUUGUUAACAACAUUUGCUGAAACAAAAUGGGGAUCUUCAGCAAGUUUUCCAACACUGGAAAUGAAAUCACGUGGUGAUGUUAAACGAUUAUGGGUAGGUGUCCUCAUUGCUUUGCCGAGUGGAGCUGGUGUCGCACUUUCAGUACUUGGUGGAAAUACUGGUUCAUUGGUUGGCGUUGCUAUUUCAGCUUCUCUUCUUCCACCAGCUGUAAAUUGUGGACUUCUUUUUGCUUACUCAUUACUUGGUAGUUCAUUGUCAAGUAUUGCCCGCGUUCAUCCUUCUUCAUUAAACGAUACUAAAAAAGAAUAUAAUGCAAAUCUUACUUGUAAAAAAUAUAUUAAUAAUGAUUAUCAACCACUUUAUACAUGUAAUCUAGCACGAGAAGCAGCGGCUCUUGCAGGUUGUAGUUUAUUGUUAACAAUAGUUAACAUAAUUUGUAUUAUAAUAAUGGCAUUAUUUAUAUUACGUAUAAAAGAAGUUGUUCCAUUACAUCAACCAAAUAAAGAUAUAGCAAAAUUUUUUCAUCAUGAUGUUAAAGUUGCACGCGAUUAUAAUAAAACAAUUAAUGAAGAUGAUUUAGAAAAAGAUAAUUUGUCAACAUUAACAGUUCAACAAAGUCAUUUAGCAAAAUCAAUUAUUAAUCGUUGGAAAAAAGUUAAAUCAAUAACUUCUCAUGAUAAUCAACAAAAUCAAGAAAUUCAACAAUCAUCAUCAAUAAAUAAUGAUCUAGAAUUAAAUAAUACUAGAAAUAAUAAUGUAUUAAAUAUUGAUACAGAAUCACGUCGAAAAUUAUUUCGAUUAAAAACAUUUGCUAAAGAAUAUGAUCUUGAUGUAUUGAAUAAAAAUGAUUAUGAUUUAUUAAAUUCUAAUAGUCGAGAAAAAAUACGUUUACUUAUCAAUGAUCUGAUUGAUAUAUAUCAAGAUAUUCCAACUGUAUGUGCUGAUCUAUUUCAUUUACAACCUUGUAAUAUACAAACAUCAACUGCUAAAGAGCAUAUGUCAUUUUAUCAAGAAAUUCUUGAACUCUUACCACCUAAAUGGUAUCAAUUAUUUAUUCGUGAACAAGAACGACGACGAAUGAUAUCUUGGUCGUCCCCAUUAAAUCGAACAUAUUCAUUACGUGUACCACAAUUUGCUACAUUUAGAAAACUUUCAUCAGAAUCUAAUGUAUCAUCCGAAACUGAGCGUCAAAAAAUGGGAGUAGAUUAUCGACGACGAAGUUCAGUACCUGAAAUAAGCCUUCGUGCAUCAGAAAUUCAUCAAGAUACUGAAAUACCUGUUGAAGGUAAACGUUCCAGUAUAACAAAACUGGUCACAACUACUUAA